AUGGAUAAAUCACGAGAAGAAACGGGACCGCUGAAGGACGAGACGAUGGAUAUGGAGUUCGGAAUCAACCAUUCCCUAGUAGACCUACCACUGAGUUGCGUGUUCAAAGACAAAGAGCCCCCGAUCUUCGCGAUCGCUAUGGAAAAUUAUCAUAGACCUGCCGAUCUUACUGGUAACAAGAAGUUAUCAACCCCUGCGGAUGGUUGUCCUGAGUCUUCGCCGCUUUUGCCACCAGUGGUUUCCAGUUCUUUGAUUUUCAAUCAAAUUAAAGAGCAUCCCAACAGCCCAUCCAAUCGGCAGGAAAUUGUUCAAUACCGAACAUUUACAAAGCUGAUCUCAUCGGUUUCACGGAUCGGUUGUGCUUUGUCGGAUUCACAAUCUCGCGUUGUCGAAACUACCGGCGCGGUGUAUUUGUGA